GAUAAGAAACAAAAACUAGCACAAAAAAUCCCUCUCUCUCACUCUCUCGUUUCGGAGCAGCAAGCUGCUGCAGAAUCUCCAACUACGUCAAGAAUAUUCAAAAAAGGGGAAAAAAGAAAAAGAAAAACCUCGGCUAUUAUGCUCUGUCUCAGCCUAAACCCUAGAAUCCCCUUUCUCUCUCCUCCUCAUCCUCUUUCUCUCUCUCCUCAUUCCGUCGCGUCUCUGAGGAGGCGCAGCUGCGCCGGCGUCUUCUCGUCGCACUCGAACCCUAGAAUCCUCAAAUCCAAUCGAAGGAAUCGGCGAACCUCAGCUUAUUACGAGGACGAUGAGGAUGAUGAGAGCGAAUCUGAGCUAUCCGAUGAUGAUUCUUCAGACUUGGAGGAGGCCUAUGGCAAUCGACCCUCUGUUUCUCUGACGUCAACAUGUAAAGUUCGAAAAGCUCGACCAACAAAAACUGGAUCUCGCUUGAAACUGGCACUUGGCUCGCCUGCUGCUGAUUCAGAUAGUGACAACCAGUCAAAGAACGGAAAAUUUACUGAAAUCCAGUUCCAGAAACUAGCAGAAGAACUAGAUUUUGAUGAGAAAUGGUACCCUUUGAUCAAGUAUCUAAAUACAUUUGGAUUAAACGAAUCUCACUUUAUUUCUAUCUACGAGAGGCAUAUGCCAUCCCUUCAGAUAAACUUGGCAUCUGCACAAGAAAGAUUGGAGUUUUUGUUGAGUGUUGGUGUCAAACACAGGGAUAUCAAGAGGAUCCUCGUUAGACAACCUCAGAUUUUAGAGUAUACUGUAGAAAACAAUAUGAUGUCCCAUGUGAUUUUCUUGUUGGGCAUAGGAAUUCCAGAGGCACGAAUAGGACAGAUAAUUACUGCUGCACCAUCUUUGUUUUCUUAUAGUGUUGAACAUUCUCUGAAGCCCACUAUUCGCUAUUUGGUUGAAGAAGUUGGUAUCAAGGGAAGUGAUGUUAGCAAAGUCGUCCAACUUAGCCCCCAAAUUCUCGUCCAAAGGAUUGAUAACUCAUGGACUUCUCGUCUGUCCUUUUUAUCAAAAGAAUUAGGAGCGCCGAGAGAGAAUAUAGUAAAGAUGGUCACUAAACACCCGCAGCUCCUUCAUUAUAGCAUAGAGGAUGGAAUACUGCCCAGAAUAAACUUCCUCAGGAGCAUUGGAAUGCGUAAUUCCGAGAUUUUGAAAGUAUUGACGAGUCUUACUCAGGUGUUAUCUUUAUCACUGGAGAGGAACCUAAGGCCGAAGUAUCUUUAUCUUGUUAAUGAACUUCGUAAUGAGGUGCAAUCCUUGACGAAAUAUCCCAUGUACUUGAGCUUGUCUCUAGAUCAAAGGAUUCGACCACGUCACAGGUUCUUGGUUUCCCUGAAGAAAGCUCCAAAAGGACCUUUCCCUCUAAGCUCAUUUGUUCCUACUGAUGAGUCUUUCUGUCAGCAGUGGGCUGGGACCAGUUUAGAUAAGUACUUGGCUUUUCGACAGAGGCUGCUGCUGACAGAUUUUGCAAAGAAGUACGAAAAGAAAGGAUACUGAGGCUUAACAAGCUCUUGAAGGAAGGUUUUAGGUCUUGGCCAGCUAUGAGCAUCAAAUUUUUGUGAAGCUAUGUAGGAGAACACCGUUUGGAUACUAACUGCUACACUACGUUUGACCGGCAUAAGAAGAGCAUAUACUUGAGACGCUUCAAUAUCUAUCAAGUCAAAUUGCAUGAUAUCACCAGGCUUGACUGCUGCUCAGAGAGAGAGAGAGUAAUCUGACUUGAUAAGGUACUUUUUUUUUCCAUCUUUUAACACAAUUGUAAAAAUGAAGAGCUAAGGUUCAGUAACCCAUAAAUUCCAACUUGGUUGUUUUUCAAUAUAUUUCAUACGCAUAUGAUGUAUUUUCUGUUCCACCUAUAGUUUUUCCCCCUACAAUUGCAUGAAAUGAAACUGUAAAUUACUUGAUGGUGUGUGAUUUUCUGCGGAUUGUGAAAGCUUGUUUCCUUCUCUCUGUGGCUUCCCAGAUUGAAAAUGGUGAAGUUUCAUGCAUUUUGAGAAAUCAUUGGCUUUUAUGAUUUGAUAUCAAAUUUUUUACAAAAGUAUACCGGCAAUAUGUAACUCUUUACAAAAGUAAUAUGUGACUAGCUAGUGUUAAUGUCGCACAUUUCAGUCCUCACCCUUGACUUCGAUUAAGAGUUACUCCCUUCAGCUAUAUUCAUCUUCAUGAACUUGAGAUAUACAUAAUAUUCUUCAUUAUGUCUCAUAAGAUGAUAAUUCACACGGGUACGAGAGGAAGACACUGAGUAUUUUUAUUUUCUGUUUUUUAAAUUUGAUUGUUUGUUCUUCUUUUUUAUUUUAAUUUGAUUGUUUGUUCUUGAUGCGUUUUUUUCUUUUUUGAAUGCUGUAAGUUAGGCUUAAAUCUGAAAUCUGUCGUUAGCCAGAAGCCCACAAAUAAGAGCAUUAGUUAUUUGGCUUAUUGGGCCUAAAUCGUUUCCAUCCAGGGCCGUAUAUUAUCAUAUAUGUUGGGUGGAUUUGGCCCAAUCUGUACAUUAUCUGAUUUAAACUCUUUUUCCCCCUUUCCUUUCUUUCUCUGUUUUUAAUGUAUUUUGUUCCUUUUUUUUUCCUCACUAUUGGCUGCAAAUACCUAUGGGUCCUACAAGAUCCAGAACGCAAUCCACAGCAGAUUGAUUUUGCAAGAAAACAUCCUGGUUGUGCUGAGCUGUCCAAUUUGCAUUUGGGUUAGCUCUGGGACCCAGAUACCAAAUAUCUCUAGCUGGUGGCCUCUAUGUAUUUAUGAUAUUUGUUUUGGAUAAUGAGAUACUUGUAAAGAAGAAAGUGAUUGAACGUGAAAUGAUUUUACAAAAGCCGUGGGACCCACAUGCUAAUGGGGACAGCUUCAAACUCAGUUGUCAAAGCCCAUGACUAUUUUUAUUGGAUCAU